AUGGAGAGGGUAAAUCUGGGAGGCUUAGGGUACGAAAAUGGCGGAGUGAUGAUGACGAGAGAUCCUAAGCCGAGGCUGAGGUGGACCGCCGAUCUCCACGAUCGCUUCGUCGACGCCGUCGCAAAGCUUGGUGGCGCAGACAAAGCAACUCCUAAAUCGGUUUUGAAGCUGAUGGGAUUAAAAGGCUUAACACUUUACCAUCUCAAGAGCCAUUUACAGAAGUAUAGACUUGGUCAGCAACAACAAGGCAAAAAACAAAAUCGAGCAGAACAAAACAAGGAAAAUGCUGGAAGUUCAUAUGUGCAUUUUGACAAUUGUUCGCAAGGAGUAAUAUCGAAUGAAUCAAGAUUUGAUAGUCAUCAUAGACAAAGUGGGAAUGUACCUUUUGCAGACACAUUGAGACAUCAGGUCGAUGCGCAACAGCGGUUUCAAGAACAGCUUGAGGUGCAGAAAAAACUGCAGAUGAGAAUGGAGGCACAAGGAAAGUAUUUGUUGACAUUACUAGAGAAAGCACAAAAGAGCAUGCCCUGUGGUAAUGGAGCAGAAGGAGAGAAGGGACGACAAUUCUCGGAUUUCAAUCUUGCCAACGGAAAGGCGGGUUUGGUCACUGAUAUCUCACACAUUAAUGGUGGUUCUUCUCAAGGUUUUCGAUUAUGUGGUGAACGUGAGAAAGAAGAAACCGGAGAUGUUGGUGUUAAACCUGAAUCCGGGUUUGUCAACUUCGAUUUAAACUCCAAAAACGGGUUUGAUCUCUUGAAUUCUGGGAACUAUGGGAUUGAAAUGAAGCCAAAUGUGAUUGCAGAUAGACAUCAAUAG